UACGGUAAUUAUCGUACGCCUGGCAACACUGAACGUAACACUGACACUGACGUUUAAGCUAGUAACACUAAUAAGUGAUGCCACAGCAGAAAAAAUAUAUCACUAAUAGUUGUUAAUAUACAAUUACUAAAUCCUUUUAUAACGUAAAUGAUCUUUAAAUGCAUUUUUUCCUAAAAUUUAUAGCGUCUCAUUGGAUUUUAUUUCGAUUGCAAGCUAAUUUUUCAGCAUUUAUUCGAUUUCCGAUCUGUCACUUAUCUGUCACUUCCACUUCUGUCAGUCCAGUCAGUUGAACACAAAAUCAGUGUUGAUUCAUUACAAAGUCGUGUAACACGUUCAUUCAUUUCAUUGCAUUGUUGUGUGAUCAGCGAGAAGUUCGGGCGCUUUUAGUUCGUCAACGGAUUAACUUAGUUAAAGUUUUUACUACUUAUGAAGUGACCUUUUUAAACAUGAAGUCUAUGGAUAGUCUCUCUUCAUUAUUCCGUUAAAGUGUAGCUUUAAUUUUAUAUUGUAUUUGUCCGGGAUGCGGCGGUGACUGUGACAAAAAUAAUAUUGUAUUGGCGAUGUCCCUUAUCAGUAAAGUGGGCGAGAAAAAGCAAUGCCGGACUGCGCAUUGUUUUUCAAGACAGGCCAAAUAAUGACAUUUUAACUAUUUGGCUUCAUAAGUACACAAACAUUUUAAAUUGGAUAUUUGGCGCCUUUUUUUACUCUACUCAUAUAUAAUUGGAAAAUUGAAAAUUAUCCUGUUACAUUAAAGGCAUGCCAUCAAAAGAGAAAAUUAAGACCCCUCAACAACUAUGGGAGAAUGUUUCAUCAAGAUUUGUCCACUUUGUGGAGAAAAUAUUUUUCAUCCUCGGAGUGCACAUUGGAAGACAUCCAGUGCGGACUAUCGUAUUAAGUUGGACCUUUGUGCUAUUAAGUGGAAUUGGAUUGAUGAAGUUCCGUAUAGAGAAGAACCCCAUGAAAUUAUGGGUUCCACCUGAAUCUGAUUUUUACCGAGACACAUAUUGGUACAUCAAUCACUUUGGAACUGCUUUCCGCCUGCAGAGGGUGCUGGUGGAAGCCGAUGAUGUCCUGCAGCCUGAUGUACUACAAGCCAUCUACAACAUUACAGAACAAGUAAAUACUCUUCAAAUUAGAUAUGAGCACAGUGAUUACUCCAUUAAUGAACUAUGCUAUAAAGUUCCUGCUAUUACAAAUUUCUUCAAUUUCAACACCAAAAAUGUGAAACAAUCAAGUAAUAAUUCUAGCUUAUCAAAAGACAGUAAAAAUGGUGAUAGUGAAUUUUCAGACCCAACAUCUUGGAUCGGUGAAGAUUUUUACUGUGGAUUUAUUGAAAACUUUCCGAUGACGUGUUUGCAGCAUAAUAUUGUGGACUUGUUUAGGAAUGACUUAGAUUUAAUUAAAGGUGCAACCAAACAUGACAUUGUUAGUAAAGUAAAUAGUGUUAAGACUAAUCCUGUUUCGGGUCACGAUUUUGAUUAUACAGAGUUGCUGGGUGGUGUGAGUCGUGAUGAAAGCGGAGACAUUGUUGCGGCCAAGUCUGUUAUACUGACUUGGUUCACAGAAGUCAAUAUGUCUGCCGUUGACUUGAAUGAAGUGGGUAAUUUAGUAGGGACUGAAGACUGGGUUACGGUGCCUCUUGGUUUGUGGGAGCAAAAAUAUGUUGAUUUAAUGGUCACAUUAUCAAAUGAUCUGAGCAAUGUUACAUUGUAUUAUGAAGCUGGACGUAGUUUCGCAGACGUAAGCGGAGAUGCUAUAAUGCAAGAACUUGGUAAACUGUUCAUUGGUAUUCUUUUAAUGUUUAUGUAUAUACAGUUAGGCCUUUCUAGAUUUAACUGGUUAGAGGUAAGGUUGACUUUAGGAAGCGUAGGUUUACUGUGUGUCGGUAUGGCGUACAUCUCGGCCGUUAGUUGGUGUUCCGCAAUUGGUGUCUCAUUUGGUCCCGUCCAUUCGUCACUACCAUUUCUCCUAAUGGGUUUAGGUGUAGACGACAUGUUUGUAAUGCAAGCUUGUUGGGAAAAUUUAUCUGAAGCUGAUUCGCGAAAGAGCAUCCCUUAUAAAGUGGGCCUGAUGCUGAAACACGCAGGCGUGUCCAUCGUCAUCACUUCCUUCACCGAUAUCGUCGCCCUACUGAUUGGCGCCAUUACAAUUUUACCAUCGCUAAAAUCUUUUUGUAUAUACGCGGCAAUUGGGGUAUUUUUCAUAUUUUGUUACUCUGUGACUUUCUACGUAGCUGUGUUUACCCUGGAUAUAAAAAGAAUAGAAGCGAAUAGAAAUGGUAUCCUAUUCUGUUAUCGCCACAAGUUUCCAGUCUCGCUGUCUAAGGAUAAGACUACUAUUCAAAAAUUGCUUGCAAAAUUUUAUAAAAACGUAGUUUUUACUACACCGGGUAAAAUAAUAGUCAUUUUAUUUACAUUGGCUGUAACAGGGUUUAGUAUAGAAGCUAUACUUAAACUGGAACAGAGGUUUGAUCCUAAAUGGUUUAUUCCCGAAUAUUCUGACUACAAACAGUAUUUGAAUGCUCACGACUACUAUUACCCGGAAGAAGGCCAUACGGCAAUGGUUUUCCUCGGAGAAAUGGAUUAUCGCCAAGAACUGUCGCAUUUGCAUAAUUUGACGAAAUCUUUGGAAAAGAAGUCGUAUGUUAAGGAUGUUGUUUCUUGGCUCCAUCCUUUUCACGGAUAUGUACAAAGUAACUUCCAUUUAGAUGUGUACAACUCAACCGCUGUUUCAGAGGAACAGUUCAAUUUGUAUUUAUCUAAGUUCUUAUUUAGCCCAAUCGGUGGAAGAUACCAGACGGAUUUAAAGUUUUCGAAACCGUUUAAGUGUGGUCAAUCGGCAACCACCAUAAAGGCAUCUCAUCUAUCAUUUAAAUUUACAAAAUUCAACGGUCCAGACGAAUACAUACCGGCAAUGAAUCAAGCAAAGGGUUUAGUGCAGAAUGCGUCCAUUUCUUCCGGUGAUGGAUAUCGCAGCGUAUGGUCGAAAGUCUUCGCCAACUGGGUCACAGAUGAAAUCAUUGCGGUCGAAGUCGAGAGAAACGUAGAGCUGGCUCUGCUGUGCGUCAUGGUUUGCACGGCAGUCUUGAUAACAAAUCUGCAGAUGUGUUUUUGGAUAUUCAUGUGUGUUCUGUUAACGAUAGUCAAUGUUUUAGGUUUUAUGCAAAGAUGGGGGAUGACUGUGGACAUAGUGUGCUGCAUCGGACUAGAGCUUGCUAUAGGUUUGUGCGUAGACUAUGCUGCGCACGUUGGACACACGUUCCUCACGAUUCCUGACGGGUCUCGCUCCGAUAGGGCUUUCAAAACGAUCACAGCAAUAGGCGGUGCGGUGCUGUUAGGUGGAGGAGCGACCUUACUGUCCUUGUCUCUUCUAAGCAUGUCUCAAGCGUACACUUUCCAGACAUUUGCCAAAAUUUUCCUUCUCGUCAUAAUUUUCGGCUUAUUCAACGGAUUGGUGUUUCUGCCAGUGAUCCUGUCGCUAAUAGGACCGGCAGGUCAUAAAUCAAAUGUAAAAGAGCCUGAAGAAGUAGAAAUGAACGGAAAACAACACGCUCUUGAAACAGAUUAAAAAAAUUGCGGAAUUUAGCAAUUUUCACGGCAAAGCCUAUAAAUUUAUUUGAAAAGCUGGCGUGUCUAGAAAAGUUGAUGGGCAGGGCCGGAUUUCCGCCUAGGCCCACAAGGCCCGGGCCUAAGGGCACAGGCAACCUAGCAAUGGUUUUGAGAUAGAGAAGGAAACCCCCUAAAUUCCAAAUGCGUUACCAAGUGUCUAGGUCAUAUAGGUCACUAAAUCCGGGCCUGUUGAUGGAUGGACAAAUCUUAUGCCGGCUUUCAUGGAUCGUCGUGCUACUCUUCCGGUCUUUAGUACGGCAACAUGGCCACCACGUGCUCAGAAUGUGUGAUACUAUACGAUGAUAGCGACAGAUUAGAUUACGUUUAAUGAAUAAAUACAUGUUCCACAAAUUACAAUGUAACAACAACUAAUUAUAUAUUUUUAUUCACUAGUCACGUUAUUUUUAGGAAAAACUGUUUAGGAUUUUGUGAGUGAUUCUGUUUAAUCACCUCCAGGUAGGUAUAUGAGUAGUCACUCGAAAUUAUAUUACUUUUUCUGCUUAUUGACCGAGCGUUAGCGAAGGUUCCCGUUUCACCUUGUGCAAAAAUGUUUUCGUGUGUCCGGAUGUUCUCCUCUAAAGGUUGCAACUGAUUCUUGUGAAAUUUUGUAAGCAAGUUCAAUAGUUAAGUUUGAUUUUUUUUUUCGUUUCGUGGCGCUUAAGCUUACUGAGUUAAGACUAUUGUGAAUUCGCUGUGGUUUUAAUUUUUGAAGUUAUUUUUAUUAAGCUUAUCGUGAGGUCUGCAGCUCACAGAGCCACUAGUAAAAUCUUCUUUGUUUAUCUUGUCCUUGCCAUAGGGUUAUGAGAAUGAUUAUCUCUAUAAGCAAUUAAUUUAAUUUAUUUGUACAGCCUGCUACAAACAUAUUCUUAGCGUCGACUCUAUUGACGCUCACAUAGAGUCAGGAUUCAGGCCGUUUAGUAGCGAGUAUGUAGCGAGAUAUAAUUUUUCCUCGCUGUUACACUAAUGAAUACUUACAGUAUAAUGAAUCACGAUCAGUAAGUAUAAUAUAGGUUAUCAGCGGGAUGGAUAUAUGCAUGUAGGGCAAAGUGUAAAAGAUGUAUUUUUAUCUUUUAGUAAAUAAUAUGUUACCUAUUUACUACCUACCCAUAGCAGAGGUAGCAUAACUAGCAUAGCAGCUGUACCUCGCACAUUAUUUUAAAUCUAGCAUUAUGUUACUGUCUGUUUUGUUAAAAGUGUAUAACAUUGUAUCUCUUUAAUCAGAUUGUGUUAUUGUAUUAGUUCUUUAUCACAACUUCAUUAUGAUAAAUUAUCGGUUCGUUCAAACUGUUGAUAUUAUGUAGAUUCAAUCUUAAAUUAGAUAAUUUUUUUAAGACACCAUAAGAUUACUUAGUAACUACCUAAGACCUUUAGAGAUUGGUGAGCUAGCUGAGUGUACCCGCUGCAAUUCCAUAUAAUUACGAGUAUAUUAUAAUAUGUGCAUGCAAAUAUCGGCAGAAGAGUUUUAUUUAACGAGUGAAUGAAUUUAAUUCACACCUUCAAGAAAAGAGCGUACUCCCAUCUUAAAAGGGUGGCAACGCACUUACAACCCCUCUGGUGUUGCAGGUGUCCAUGGGCGGCGGUAAUCGCUUACCAUCAGGUGACCCAUCUGCUCGUUUGCCUCUUCUAUUAUUAAAAAAAAAACCUCUAUAUUAUGCUAAAUACAAACCUCGAAGAUUUUUAUGUCAUUAAUCCUUCGGUGGCUGUCGAACUUGCAAUCGCUACGAAGCGAAAGGAGUAAUUUCAAAAUCCCCCUGUUAUUACCUCAUAUUAUGUUAAUGUAACCUCAACUCUGGUGCCUAUACAUAAAUACUUCGCUAAGAUCUGAUUUGACUAAUUAAUAAUUAUUGUAUGCUCAAAUUGGAAAAGCAGAACAUCGGCGAUAACAUUCGUAUCUGGGACAUUUAAGAAGAAAUACCAGCUACAUAGCCAGCUAAUAUUGCGCUGACGUGGGCGGCUUCUAAAAUUAGUGCGAUAAGGACAACUUCAGAUUAGGCGAAAAAUCCUGCAUAAAAAGCUCAGUAAUCAAGGUUUCGAUUCUCGAUAUUUUCCUCUUCUAAAACUUAACCAAUCGUAACGACAUUUAAAAGUACAUAAUUAGAAAAAAAGUGUUUUUUAUUUUUGCCUUUAUUGUUGCUGAAGGCGUUUAAGGCGCAUUAUUUGGCCGUUUUUAAUGCUUUUUGAAGUAACCUAGUACACGUGCUGGUAAUUUGAACACACUACCUUACCUACCUUUGAUUAUUUUGCUUUAAAUAAUAUUUCCCACCAGUGCUGAAUACAAUUCUCGGGGACGAGAAUAUUUUUUUCCAGUCUUUUUUUAUUUAUAAUUCUAAGGGAUGUCUAAGUGAAAUGAAAUCAAUACUGCCAGUAAUAAAUGGAGCAGCCUACACUUUUAGAGUCUGUUCGGAAAGAGAAGAGUCGUGAAAUGUAUUAUGCCCCAUACAUUCCACGACUUUUAUCUUUAAGCACACUAUAAACUUAAACAUUUUAUGGACCCAAGUCACCCCUGAAUUUCAAUUUUAUUGCCGUGAAACUCAAAUAUCUUCAUUCAGGUGUGACUAAUAUUUAUUUAGAUACCAUAGUUCUGAGGCAAAAAUGUAUAAUUUAGAAAAUUCUCUAAUAAAACUGAAAAGAACAUUGGUUUUAUACAUAAUUUCAUAUUGAACUUGUGGAUCAUAGAUGUGGUAUUAAAGUAAGAACGCUAAAUACGAAGAAUUCCGUACAUUGACCCGCCUGUUCCUAUGUCUAUCGCAUGGGCAUAUAUAUUUUGUGUUCCGUUCGCACGUGGCAAUUACCGCCGCCGCCGGCAGCAUGGGCGGGUCUGCAAUAUAAUUACACGCGCGCGAUAGAGAGGAACAGGAGGGUCCAAUGUACGAAAUUCUUCGUACUUAGCGUCCUUACUAUACUGAACUAUAUUUGGGUGGUUUUAUGGUACAGUCAGCGUCAAAUACUUCGUAGCAGUCAAAGUGGCCAAAUAGUUCGGUACACCAUAUAUUUAGUAUGGUGUACCGAACUAUUUGGCCACUUUGACUGCUACGAAGUAUUUGACGCUGACUGUACCUAACAUAAUUAAUUCCAUUUGAAUAUAAAAAAUAUGUAAACAAAAAGUGUUCUUCCAUAAUAAUAUUUUGUAUAUAUCCAUAUAUAACUAAAAAAGUUGACACGAUAAGAAUACAUUGUAAAUAAUUGUAAAAAAAACUGUGUAAGUACCGAAACUGUUAAUGUUAAUACACGUUUUUGUCUA